AUGGGUUACACUGUUGACUGUGAGGGUAGCUCGGGACCCUUAGAAACGCUAUUCGGAAGACUGGAUGUGCAAGAUGAACGAGCCCCUUCUACCUCUCCUGAACGCCCCACUUUCAACUCCAAGAUCGAAGAACUGGAAUAUCGUUUAAUGAAAAAAGAGAUCCUAAUUCGACUUCAUGAUAGACGAUCGGGUUCAAUUAGAGAUGAAGAUGGUUAUAAGGCAAACCAUCAUGAUUUCAGAGGUUUCGUUUGUAAAAAAUGUUGGACUGAAAUAUACGCAUUUGAGAAAAUACGAUUCGGUACUGGGAACGUGACGAGCGGGAUGACUUUCAAUAUGAUGAACCACAUUUCGAAUGGCUGGAGAAUACACAAUAAUGGUGAUGGUGGAUCUUCUUACUUCAUCUCCACUACAGAAGAUCUUCAUUGGGCCAUCUGGGAGAUAGCAAGGAGACUCCACGAUUUGGUCGAUAAUCCGGAACAGGUCACAAUGAGUAUCAUUACUCGACAUGAGUCUUAUCCAGCAGAUUAUGGAGGGUAUGAAUCGAUUUUCUUUGACCCACUACCCUUCCUGUACGGUCUUCGCCCUUUCACCAACAACCUUGAUCACGAGGCUUUCAAUAUGGCUAUCAAUUUUGCCAGAGCUUCGAGUGAAAGGUUGUUCUAUCGUAGGAUUUUUGACGAAGAUAUAGAAGAAGAGCUUACCUGGACCCAGGAUGAACCCCCAUUUGAAUUGUACGAUUUCAUGUACAGACCUCUGAAGUUCUGCCUUCCCAGGAGUACCUGGUUGGAUAAUCUGGCUUGGAAGCACCGAGGUAGAGAGCCAUACUAUACACCUUUCAAGGUCGCAGCAAGAGUGAUGGAGUGUAGGAAAUAUGAGAUCAAAUCAGGUCGUGGAUGA